GCCGGCAGGCGGCGCGGAACGGUGGGGUGAUGGCGCAGCGCGCGGGCGGGCGGGCGCUGUGCCUGCUGCGAGGCCGCCUGCUGACCCCCGGCCUGGCGGCUGCCCGCCUCGACUCCUCGGGGCCCGCGCUGCAGCGGGCGGGCGGCGCCGAGGAGGCAGAUGCUGAAGUCAGCGCGAGGAAGAAGACAUUCACUGAGGUUCAGACAGAACGACUGGAGCAGGCGGAUCGGAGUGUUUUAAUUAAGUGCCCAUCGAAGCUUAAUGAAAAAAAAUUACUGCAGUAUUUAUCCAGCCAUGGAAAAAUUGACAGUUACUUCUUUUUUGAAAAUCGUGGUAUUAAUGCUUUAAUAGAAUUUUCUGAGAAGAGCAGUGUAGCCUCACUACAGGCCGUUACUGGAAUUCCAAGGGCUGCAGAGCAUCAUGUAGUCCCAUAUAAAUCGAGACUUUUUACUUUCACGCUGAAAAACCCCGGGAGUCAAGCUGCUGAAGAAAGACCAGUAAACCUCUCUCCUCAGUCUCACAUUCCAGUGAAUGAGCUUAUUCCAAAGCUUUGUCAUGCAGACAGUAUAAGCAGUCAAAUGUACAUUCUGCUGAAUGAGUAUCAGCUUACAGAAGAAAACAUCAAGCUCCGGUAUCUGGCCUGUUCUCUGGUUCAGGAUUUUGCACGGGCAUAUUUUCCAGACAGCACCGUAAAACCAUUUGGCUCUUCAGUGAACACCUUUGGCAAAUUGGGAUGUGAUGUGGACAUGUUUCUUGACUUCCGUGAUACACUGAAGCAUGCUACAAAAAUGAAGAAAGGUCCCUUUGAGAUGGAGUAUCAGAUGAAAAGAUUACCGUCGGAAAGAUUAGCAACUCAGAAGAUUCUUUCUAUAAUUGGUGAUUGUCUUGAUAAUUUUGGUCCUGGGUAUUCAAGCGUACAGAAGAUACUCAACGCUCGCUGCCCCCUGGUGAAAUUCUCCCAUCAACCAACAGGAUUCCAGUGCGACCUGUCUGUGAGCAACAGCAUUGCUAUAAGAUGUUCAGAACUCCUGUAUAUCUAUGGCUGUCUUGAUCCCCGUGUAAGAGCUCUAGUGUUCAGUUUACGAUGUUGGGCCCGUGUUCAUGGACUUACAAAUAGCGUGCCCGGUGCCUGGAUUACAAACUUCUCCUUAACCAUGAUGAUCAUGUUUUUUCUGCAAAAGAGAUCACCACCUGUCAUUCCAACACUAGACCAACUUAAAGAGCUGGCAGAUGAAAAAGACAAACAUGUAAUUGGAGGAUCUGAUUGCUCAUUUGUUAGCGAUUUAAGCAAGAUUAAGCCUACCAAAAAUACAGAAACACUUGACGAGUUGCUGUGUGACUUCUUUCAGUACUUUGGAAACUUUGACUUCAGAAAGAAUUCCUUAAAUCUUCGAAAGGGAAAGGAAGUAAAUAAACCUGAGUCGUCUCCUCUUUAUAUCUGGAAUCCCUUUGAACAAGACCUUAAUAUCAGCAAGAAUGUUAAUCAGCCACAGCUGGAGAAAUUUGUAGCUGUGGCCAGAGAAAGUGCCUGGAUUUUACAGAAGGAAGAUAAAACUCAGCAAAUGAUCAAUAAGGAGCCCUGGGGACUGGCAGCCGUACUGAUACCAUUUGGAAAAAGUAAUCCAAACAAGAUCAAGAGUAGGACAAAGGGAAUAGGAAGUGAAACAAUCAAAAGUCUCUUGGACUCUUUAAAGUUAAGUGAUGCAAACACUACAAAAAGCAGUGGGAAAGUGACUUUGAGCACAGAAACACAGUAGCUGCUAUUCUGUUUUAGGAAUUGAAUGUGACGCAGUCUGAAGAAUAUUACUUUUAAUAUUUCUGUUGUGGUGAAAUGGAGAGUCAGGUGACCUCUGGUUGUCAUUGUGAUGUUUUUUGUACAGGUCUAUUCUCUUUCUGUACAUUAUCUCCUCCUUUACUCUUCACUUUUCCAUCUGUUUUAUGAAUGAAGAGCAUUAAAAUGCAAAUUUUACAGAUACAUAUUGGAAGUAGACUUUGAUUGGGCACUCUUCAAAGAAGAAAAAACAGAAGAAAAGAGGAGCCUGGGAAAAAGCCAUUGGGAAUUGUUUUGGUUAAUUCUGUUUGGUUAAGUAAAAGCUCAAGAAGCAACCACCUUUCAGCAAAAACACAUUUGAAAAGAAGAUGAACGUUCGAACCAUUGCUUCCACUGCAAUCACAUUCAGGAAGCCAGUAAAACUAAAGUGCAUGUAUCUAUUUUUGUAAUUGUUUUAAAUUCAUGGGGAUAGCGCCAAGACAAAAAUAAAGAGGAUGGAAUUAGAUAACAGGGUUUGCAGUUUCAUAGAUCGUUGCUCUCCAGGGAUAGCGCACCUGUUUUGUGUUGAAAAUGUGGGUCUGCUCUCAUGCUUACCACCUAUUCUCAAACUUCUUCAACCAAAUCUUUAUUUUUUUUGUACACAAAGGACUUGUUCCCAUUCAUACCUACGUAUCUGCUCGUGUUUCUCCUUUGCCUUCAACUUCAGUUUAAGCUUGUGCUUCAGGUUCAGCGGCUUUUUUUGGUGCCCUUCUGGCCUUAUCACUCUCCUGAAAGUUGUUGCCUGCUGGACAGCACCAAGACCUUCCUCUCAUUAUCUCUGCUCCUGUCUUUAUCCUCUUUGGGAUUCCCCAGCAAAUCCCAUACCUUACUUGAGUCCACAGUCCUGUCUUAUUUUUCAGAUAUUCCGUGGGGUGCUAACUGUCCAUGUUUCAGAUCAGCUAGGCCAGCAAGAGUCAACAUUUCUCAUGGUCUUGAAGAAAGCAUUGAGUUCUCUUGUGCUUAUGCCACAAAAGAGUGUUUUUGGAGGAGUAUAGAGGGGGCUGGAAGGAAUGGAGACAGAAAGAGAAAUGGAAAGAGAGCAGACAAAUGACAGAUUUUCCAGGUAGAUUUGUGAUUAUUCUGCCUGUCCUGUUUGUGCCACUGAUGCAUUAAAACUAAAUGGCAAGCAUGAUAAGAACAAUUACACAGACUGUUGUUUUGACUCUUAAAGAAGUACUGUACAAGAAGUUACUGUAACUCAGAGGUUGUCAUACAGAUGCAAUAUUCAUGUUUAUGGUAACUGUUUCAUUUUCAAUAUUUUUAGAUUCUUUAAUGCUGUACUAGUAUAUACUUUGGUGUGGGCUUAUCAUUUGAUAAGUGUGUGUCUCUUUUCCCUGAGAUAUAUUUAUUGGAGAUCAUAUAGGCAGUAAUGUGUAAUUCCAAAGUAUUUGUAAAAAUACUGUUGGGUAAGGAGAAGUAUUGUUCAGCGGUUAACAGUCUAAAUAGACUUUGAGGGACAGAUCAAUGCUAUAUUAAUUUAUUUAGAUUUUGAAAUAAUAUUCAUAUGUGUCCAUUUCACACUUAUAAAUGUUUUCUCAAAGAAUGACUUAUGGAUUUAUUAUCUUAGUCACUGGAAUUAAUCCUUGUAUUAACUUCCUUGAGCCUUGAAAUUCAAACUUAGCUUUCUACUUAAAUUUCUGUGCUAGUGUAUGAACUUUUUUGGAGGCUAGAUGAAGUUUGCUGUAACUUACUAUUGGUGCUAACACAAACCUUUUCAUAGCAAGCUUGGCAUGGAUGCAGUGAGCAGUCUGUUGCUAACUUAAACUUUAUAGAACCUAGAUACGUUUUCCUCUGUUUUCCAAGCAGUAGACUUGGAACCUUUUUGAAGCUUUUGAAGAUUAGGGUGACACUUGAGUACUUGUGAGUUGUCUCUUUCCCUGUUAAAUAGAACGGGUAACAGGGAUCCCCAUGUAGAGACGAUGUUGUAGAGCUUCUGGCAAGGAUUAAGGAGAAGGAUAGCAAACAGAUUUUGUUGUGAGUGCCUGCUGUCAAUCGCCCAUCCGUGAUGACAGAGACAAGGUAUUCCACAAUUAAGAGAAAUCUCUGGAUCAGUAACUCUCAUCCUUUUGGGAGACUUAAACUUCCCAGACAUAAAUUGGGAAUAUUUAGGACUGUGAUAAGCAAGUCUGGGAAAUUCCUAAAGCACGUUGAAGAUAACUUCCUGUCACAAGUGCUUAGCCAGCUAGGACAGGUGCCCUCCUAAAACUGCCUUUUGAGAAUAGGGAAAGUCUCGUGGGAGGUGUGAUGGUAGGUGGCUGUUUUGGCCACAGUGAUCAUUAAAUAGCUGAGUUCAAAAGAGGUCAGCAGAGUUACCACCGUGGAUCUUUAGAGAGCAAACUUUAAGCUACUCAGGGAGCUGGUUAGCAGCAUUCCCUGGCAAUCUGCUUUAGAGGGUUCAGGAGCUCUAUGAGGACUGGUCACUUCUUAAGAAACCACUUUUUAAAAACUCGGGAGCAAACAACCCCAUUGUGUCAAGUGAGUAGAAGAGAAUAUUAGCUUUGCUGUACAGAGAACUCCUUUUGGAAUAUCGGCAGAAAAAUAACCUAUGGUCUCUGGAAGCAAGGUCAGGCUUCACAGGUAGAUUAAAGAGCUACAGUUCACAGUUGUAGGGAGAAAACAAGAAACGCCAAAGCUCAGCUCAAGUUGACACUGGCCAUUGUGGUGUCAGACAACAAAAAAGGAUCUUUUAAAUAUGUCAACAGGAAGAGGAGGUCUAAGGAAAACACUGGACUGAUACUUGACAAUGAAUGUUACCUAACAAGCUGGAAUGAGGAAAAUGUGGAGACAUCUAAUGCAUAUUUUGCCCCUGUUUUUAAUAUUAAUGAUAGUUCUUGGGUUGCUGGUCCUGUGAGUUGGAGGAACAUGACUCAUGACUGAGGGAGCAGUGAUCUGUGGUUGCCAAAACUGUAAGAGAAUAGUUGUAUCGGCUCAGUGUUCACAGUCUGCAGGGCCUGACAGGGUUCACUCCAGAGUGAAGGACCCCUCAAGAAUUUGCUGAAGGUCUUGCAUGUCUGGGGACUAGAUGUGUCAACAGCAAACUUGCUGAGGAUGCUAAACUGGAAGGUGCUGCUGGCUCUCUGGAGGGAUGAGAAGCCUGAACCAGACACACUGGAACAGAGCACUGGGUAACCAACCAUCAACAGCCUGAUGUUCAGCAAAGGAAAAUGCUGGAUUCUGCAGCUGAUACAGAGCAAUGCGGGACAGGUACACGUGGAGAUGAGCGGCUGGAGAGCAGCCCAGCAGGAGGGACCUGGGGGUGCUGGUGACAGCAGGUUCAGCGUGAGCCAGCAGUGCCCCCUGAUAGUCAAGGGAGUAAAUGUAUUUUUGGGAUUCAUUGCACACAGCAUAGCCAGCCUGACAAAAGCGGUGAUUCUCUCACUAUAUUUAGCCUUGGAGCAGCAUCACCUGAAAUAUUGCACACAGUUCUGGGCUCCAUGAUAUUAAAACCGCAUUAAGGUGCUUGAAAGCAUUGAGCGGAGGGCACCAAAGGAGGUGACAGGGCUGGAAGGGACGUCUGGUGAGGAGGGGCUGAGGCCACUUUUCUCAGUUCGGAGGAGGCCAAGAGGUGACCUCACUGUUCUCUGCAGCUCUCUAAGGAAGGGAAGGAGAGGGAGGUGCUGGGCUCUGCUCCUGGGAACUGAUGGCAUUAGGAAAAUUCUAUUACCCUGGGCAUGGUCAAAUACUGGAACAGCCUUCCUUUCUUCGCAAGGUGGUUGAUGUCCCAUGCUUGUCACUGUUGAAGAGAUGUGGAUAAUACCCUUAAUAUGCUUUAACAUUUGGUUAGCCCUGAUGUGGUCAGGUGGCUGGUCUUCGUAGGUCUCUUUCAACUGAACUAUUCUGUUGCAGUGCAGUACCAAGAGAACGGCACAACAGACAGAAGCACACAGCACAGCUGUGACAGCGUAUACCUAUGUGCACUAUAUUCACACUGGUUUGAUUUCACAUAGAAAGACUUUAUAAGAAUUUUGACACAGACACAAGGUGCUUGAUGUCAACUACCAAUAAACUAAGUAUUUUGUGUAUACAACUGAAUGACUCUGAAACACAACUUUGGGUCAAUGUGCUUUAUUUGUAAAUGCACGUAGGCAUUCAAGCUGCUUAGAAUUCCUUAAAAGGCAGGGCAAAACGUGGUUGCUAUAUAUGCAGAGCCUUUCAGCAUCAUGUUUCUGUUUAGACUGUCUGUCCUUUCUGGGAAUAGUUCUGAACAAUUGUCCUGGCUACAGGCCAACUUCUGAAUAGAACUGCUAGAAGUCAAAAGCAUUGCUGCAGCAAUGGAAGUGCACAGGUGCUUGUUUCAGGUACCUGCAGGUUCAGGGCGCUGGAGGCCAGCUGCUCAGCAGAGCCUACAGGAGCUGUUCUCAUUGGCAAUGUGAAUCAGCCUGGCAGCCUCCUUAGAGGAAUUUGAAGGCAGGGGGUGGAGGGCAGCUGGUCAGCUUUUGCCAGACAGCUUGUUCUUGAGGGAAGAGCUGAGAAACCACCUGCAGCAAGAGGAUGCUGGCUUGAGGGGGUGUAUGUCGCAAAUCAAGAGGGCUGAUGUGAUUUUAAUUUCCUGAGAGCAGCAGCCUUAUUGCACUGAUAAUGGUUAGAAACAAUCAGUAUGGUUCUGUCAGUAAAAACAAGGGUUGGAUGUUUGUCAAAAAAGGAGAGUGGUGAUGGUAUGUACUGCAGAGCUCGCUCAUAGGCUCUAAGGGAUGUAAACGAUGUUUCAGCAAGAGCGAGGCAGUAAGUUUUAGUUCUUAAACUUGUUGCUGAUACACGUGUCCUCCCCAGCAACGCAGAGUAGGGAACAUCAGUAAAUUAAACACAUUUUUGACCUUCUGCCCCCUCCCUCACAGGGAGUACUUUUUAGUGCCGUCUUACAUUCCCUGACUCUUAAUUGGUGAGGGAAAUUGGAAACAUUUCAAAGUUCCUUGCCCUGAGAAAAUGCUCUCUGGGACAUUAACUUUAAGUUCACACUUGUUGCCAGGUUUGCUUUUUUUUUUUUUGCUUUUUUUCUUGCUUUAGAUUUUGAUGCUCACAAGAGCUUCAGGAGUGGGUUCUGCUGCGGUUGCUACUACUCCACUAUUCCUCUGGGGCUUCAUGGGACUCCAAAGCUGUGAUCUUCAGCCAUUGGUUGUGUAAGGACCUGUGUGCAUCAUGCUCUUGGCUGAGACACAGUCACAGCGUUGGGACUUCUUAGGUGGUAGCAGAUGCUGUUUGCCUCAGUUUUGAAAUUGCAGUACCCACUUGUGGUUCUAUCCUAUGGACUUCAGAUCCCAGGAUAACUCAGGUUGGAAGAGACCUUUGGACGUACUCCAGCCUCCUGCUCAGGCAGGAUCAGCUGUGAGCUCUGACUAGGUUGCUCAGGCCCUUAUCUAGACGUGUCUUGAAAAUUUCUGUGGGUGAGGACUGUACAACCUUCUCAGACAACCUGUUCCAGUGCUGGUCUGCCCUUAUCAUCCUGAUCAGCAGGACUGUAAUGCACCCCUGUCAUCCUGUCACUCCUACCAGCCUCUUUUCUCAUCCUGGGCCAUGCUCUCAGGCAGACUGCUGUCCAACCCAAAUGUCCAAGCUGCUCCUUCACAAAAGGGGCAAUCCUCUUCAUCCCCAAAUCUUCCCCUCUUUCCUCCUUGUUUUUACCAAGGAGUGUGUCCAUCCAUCACCAUCAUCUAGCUGUUCCAGUGUUGCUGUACUAACUGCAUGUGUUCCUUCCACUUGUUCCCCAGGCUGCACACAUUUGCAUCCUUACACUUGAGGCAGCUUUCGUCUUUUUGUAUAUUCUUGAAAUCUCUCUUGUUCACAUCGCCCUGCGUCCUUAAUUUCAAUCACUGCCUCACUUAACUGGGGGUUAUAGUAGUCCUCUCUUCACUGUUCACAGCUGAAAGCUGCUCUCACCAGCUUGGCCGAGUUGCAGCCACUGAUCUCAGCCCAAUUAGGAUAUUCAAAUCCAGCCUAAAAAUUAAUUUCUAAAAGGAUCUGGAGGAAAACCAGAGGCUGUAAAUACAAGGUUGCUGUGACAGAAAAGCAGCAUGUUGCACACGUUUGAGCUAGCUUCAGCUGUGCUGUGGCAUCUUUAGGACUGCACAGCACCAUGUGGAGACACUGGUUCAGAUGUGUGCCGUUGGAGUAGGAAAGACAGACAAAAAGUCUUUAUUUCAAUAAUUUUGCCAACAAACUAAUCACAGGUCUGUGCUGAGUUCAGCUGAAGCAACUUCAGGAUUUCUAGCCUGAGCUGCUUUUGAGAUCUGAUGAAUCAACAAUCAGCAAGUUUUUGAAGCAAAAUCAUCCCAUUCACUGGAAAACUGUUCCAAAGGCUCUGUCUUGCUUAUCACCUCCAAAUUACCUCCAAGGCUCUCUUCUAGUACAAAAAUCUUCCAGACACCAUGGGUAAUUCAGGACUGCUUGAAAACAAGGAUUAACAUUCACAUAAAGCUAACCUGAGCCUGGAGGUAAGCUCACAUGCUCAAGAAGUUACCAGCUUUGCCACUCUGACAUGAAUUGGGCUGGACUAGAUGAUCUCCAGAGGUACUUUCCAUCACCUACAAUUCUGUGGUUCUGUGUGAUUCUGUGAAUAGAUGGUGCCUAGUUCUCCACACUUCAAAUCUUAAAUCAUUCAGUAUUAUUGUGGGAGUACAUUACUCUGCCAGGUUUGUUCUGCAGGAGGAGAUUGCAGCAGGUACAUGCAUGCCUUUCUCCUCACCAGUUCCUUGUGGAAUCUCUCCAGUACUAUUGAUUAUGAAUAUUUCUCUUCCUUCCUACUUCUUUUUCUCCUGUCCAUUUGCUUUUCAAAGAAUCAUAGAAUUGCAGGGGUUGGAAGGAACCUCAAGUGGUCAUUGAGUGCUAAAGCAGGUACCCUAAAAUAGAUCUCACAGGUAGACGUCCAGAAGGGUCUUGAAUAUCUCAAUAGAAGGAGACUCCAGAACCUCUAUGGGCAACCUGUUCCAGUGCUCCAUUACCCUUACCAUAAAAAAGUUCUUCUGCGUGUUUGUAUGGAACUUCCUAUGUUCAAGUUUUAAGCUAUUACUCCUUGUCCUAUUGCUACAUGCCACCGAGAAGAACCUGGCCUCAUCCAUUUGCCUCCCACCUCCCUUUAGAUAUUUAUAAAUGUCUAUCAGACCCCUCAUACCCAAGUUUCUCAGUCUUUCUUCAUAUGGGAGAUGCUCCAGGCUCCUAAUCAUCUUUGUAGCCCUCUGCUGGACUCCUUCUAGGAGAUGUCUGUCUUUUUUGAACAGGGGAGCCCAGAAUUGGACACAGUAGUCUAAAUGUGUCCUCACCAGGGCAGAGUAGGGGAGGAGGAUCAACUCCCUGAACCUGCUGGCCAUGCUCUUUUUAAUGCACCCCAGGAUCCCUUGGCCUUCUUGGCCACAAGGACACACUGCUGGCUAACAGCCAACCUGUUGUCCACAAGAACAUUCAAGUUCUUCUCCACAGAGCUCCUCUCCAGCAGGUCAUCUCAUUGCAUCAUGUAUAAUCUGAUCUGAUCAAUAAACGGUAGUUUUUCAUUUGGCCCAUGAUGUUCUGGGGACCAGCAGUGAAUACAGCUGUGUUCAAGGAAAGUGGGGUAGUAUUUAAAGCAUCGUGCACCCAUUGCACUGCAACUUUUGACAGCUUGAUCUCCUGCGUAGAUUAACUUUUCAUACUGCCUUUUCCUUGGCCUACACAGAGAUCCAUUAGCCAGGCUUGGUGGGCUUCACCAAUACGUACACAUAUUUUCAAGAAGUUUGUUCAUCUAAGACAUUUGUCUAACACUAUCUGUAGUAUUAGAAAACAGAAAUAUGGUGCUUUGAGAUGCUUUACUCUUUGAAAAGGAUUUGUUUCCCACUGUUAUUAUGGGGAACAUUAUGUUCAAUUUGUUUUACAGAAAGCCUUCAGAGAUGGGUUUUUGUUCCCAUGCUGAGCUCUCUUGUGUAUACAAAUUUGUAGUAAAUGUAAACAGUGCAGCCCUAUAUUGGAAUCUUGCAUGGAACAACUCCCAGAAUAUGUCUUGUAGGUAUUAUCAUCACAGCCCGAUGGGGGAAGUCAAAGCACGACAAAUUACAAAGGCAUCAGCUUCCACUUGUGUUGCUCGCUCCAUAGGGUGGAACAAUUCCUGUAAUUCUGCAUCUCUUUUUCUGAUGUUGGACAGAGGCAAAACUGCAGGAACUGCUAUUCCUGCAGAGAGGACUUUACAUUAGAUGUUAGAUUGUCAGAUGGAAAAGCAGUAUUAUUUAAAUACUUUCCAUAUAUUUACAUCUUCACUUUGAUUUUUGAAGUCCUUUUCUAGGAGCUCUUGCUGGAGAUUUUCAGGAUGAGAGGAGGAAUGGGAAGAAUACAUAUAGGUCUCAUAGAUAAUGGAAAUUACUAUCAGAUUAUUCAUCAAAAAUAAUCAUAUACUGGAAAGAAAUAAUGAACUGUCAAUAAAAAGUAAAAUGCUUUGUCUCUUUGAAAAUAUUUGAUUUUCUCCAUUAAUUUUCUGUAGUCCUCUCAGUGAUGCAGUACUUUUAUAAAAGGGCAAGAUUUGAGAGAGUGUACGGAAUGGAAAUCACAAUAUUGAAUAUAUGCAACUGUGAGUAAUUGGCCACUGCAGUAAGCAAAAAAGAAGAAUCAGUGACUCCAACCCAAAAUGGGAUUCAAAGAUUUAGUGACUCCAAAAAUGCGGUAUAGAGAAUGGCUUUGGGCAUCUUCAGGUGAUUCGUGCCUCUUUAUUUUGAUAAUUAUCUUUAGACACCCAACAAAAGCGCGUUUGCUCUAAUUGCUUGAUACGGGAGCUUGGAAAGCAAGAUCUCAUUUGAAAUGACCAUAAUCUCUUUUGUGGAGACACUAAAGACCUUAGCUACUCUAGCUCUGCAAUGAAAUCCAUCUUUAAGAGGCUUUGCCUUGCAGUUGGCUUAGGAACGUGAAAUAUUACCAUUCUCAGCUACUCUAAAAAUCCCAAUGCUUAUAGAUAGCACCAGACUUUUACCCUUCACUCAUAUACACUCUCUAAUAUUUAAAAUCCCCUCUUUAGUGUAGACAAUAUUCUCAAUCUCUGAAGUGUUUUGCAGCAAUUAAUUUUAUAUUUCCUCUAGGAGAUAAAUAACAAAGUAGAAAGAUCUGUGUUUGGUCAGUAAGUUACUGUUCUGUUGUGCUGUUGGAGUCUUCGGUGUGAUAAAGUAACUACUAGUGGUUUCCUUCCUCAGAUGCAGGCAGUUUUUGUUUCAUACUGAAAUGAGAAUGCAUUUCCCAGAGCAAUGGUUUUAAAUAUUGAUCUCAGAACCCCUCGUGGUCUAGAGAACUGCAGCUAAAGAACUCGCAAAAACAAAAAGCAAGAAAACAAUGCUAAGAAAGCUGAGCUAUGUGUCGGCUAGCUUAAAUUCAUGCAACAAAGGUGUUUAUCUUUCGGGAUCUUCCAAACAAAACAAAAGUCAAAGUGAGCGCUAUUGAGUUGUGGUUAGAGAUGGAGCAUUUCUUGCAUUCCAACCACAUCAUGAUUAAUAUUUUGUCUAAGUAAAUGGUGAUAUGUGAAGACUAUGUCACUCACAAAACAUGGUUUCUGAUGGAGAAAGCAGAAAUAUUUUUUUGGAUAUCUGACAAACUCUGAAUGAUAUCUCUUAAUGGUGAGAGAAUUAUUAUUUUCAAGCAGACUAUCUAAAGUUCCUGACCCCUGCCCUGGCAAAAAACUUGCCUUUAUCCUUAUAAAUUAUAGAGGGAGAAUACAGACAUCUUUGUUUGUCUUGAUUUAGUUUUAUCCCACAUGUAUAGGGUUACAAGUAUGUGGCAGUUAGGCAUAAGUGAUAUGAUUUUAUGCUCCAAAUGCUGAUAAGAGAGAAGCUUCAAAUCACAUAGGUUAAUGCAGACUUCAUUCAGAGACACCUAGUCUGAAUCUCCUAGACUUUUCCAGACCCACCCACCAUUACUGCAGGAGUCUAUAAAUACUCAGGGCCGCCAGCUGCUUGCUCCCAGUAGGAAUGGAUGCCUUCUCCUGAAGUUAAUCUUUCUGAUUCAGUGGGGACCUCUCAUUGCCAAGCUGAUCCAGGGACUUCUGAAGUCAUCUGUUUGUUUUACCUGAUCCUUAAGCCUGAGAAGGCGAAGAACUGUUUGUCAUCCCUAUUCCCCAUUCCCAGCAAGUUUUUUCAUUCUGACUCCAGUAACAGCAGGACACAACCCUGAAAUUUUUCUCAGAUACAGAGAUAGUGGACGAUGAUGUUAUAGUGUGGCCACUGCCACUCCUCACAUUUGCACAAAUUAUGUAAAUGUCUGGAGUGAGGUGAAUGCUUUUCUCUAGAAUCUUUAUUCUGUUUUUCUAAAAAGAUUGAUGAUGGUUUUUUUUUGUUUUGUUUUGUUUUGUUUUGAUUUGAUUUUCUUCUGGAGUUCAAUAAGCUAAAGCUUUCAAAGUUGUGCUUCACUUGCUCCCAUGUUUGUACUGGCAAAAAGCAGAAUUUAAAGCUAAGCCUUUUCCUGCUGGGUGUUUUUCUUCUCUGUGAUAAACAGAAAAUACGCAGUUGGUGUCAUGAUAGCAGUAGGUGUGGGAUUCAACUAACACUUCCCAGCAGAAAAUUCCCUGUCUUGCCAGGACACUGAGGAGACGCAACAAUGAUUCAUUUCUCUGAUAACACAGCACGAACACAGGUCCAAUUGUUUGCUAUGUAGGUCGGAAUGGGGUAUGUUGGCAUCUCUGUUUGCAGACUUUACAAAGAAGUCUGGGAAUGGGAAGCAUUGCAGAAAAAAAACUGUGCUUUUAGUACUUAAAUUGUUCCCCUGGCAGAGGUAGGCUAUAAACAAUUUGCUGUGAAAUACUUGCUGUCUAGCUGGCAUAGCUGGAUGCUGUCUGUACACAAGGAGGUUUAGUUCUUCAGGUUAAACAGCUCAUUUACUCUUUACCCAAGCUCUUAGAUUAAAAUCUGGGUCUGUGGCAAGGAGAAGGCCCCUAGAAAUACUCAAUCACGCUGUUCCACUGUGACUACCCGACAGCAGUUUAUGUUCGUGGAGGUAUUUCAUGUACUUAAGAGUCAGGGGAAAUUAGCAGGUAACUUGGCUCUAUUUUUUUUAUUGCAUGUCUGUGCCUUUUAAAGCUUACAAUAGUGCAUCAGAAACCUGUUCACCUGUCAGUUUUGUUUUAACCUAUCCAGUCAACACCAGCUUCACGUAUUGGCAGGAAGCAAUGUUGGGGAUAAUCAUGUUGUUUAAUGCAUUGUAAUGCUUUACUGGAUGCCUCACUGCACAUUGUCACAACACGUCUUCUUGUGGGAGUCUGCUGGCUCUCCCCUGCCGUCUCUUCCUUCCAGGAAAGCCUUUUGCGAUUGAAGAUCAAGAGGUAAGCUUUUAUCUCUGCGCGCCAUGGGAGGGAGCUGGGAAUGCUUUCUUUUGCUAACUUUGGAUGACACCAUCCACUCUCCAUAGCAUGGCGUUCCUCAGCAUGUUUCCCCGCAACCAACUCUGGCUCCAGUUUCCAGGCUUGUCCAUUGUGGUUCUUUGUUACCAUCAGCUACAUAAACAGAAGCACUACAAAUAACACUGCUCUACACACAGGAGAAGCUGAGGUGUGUAUUAUGCCUUCCUGGUCUAGGCAUAGAACUCUUUCCUAAAUGAUGCAUCUCCUUGAUGCUGACUGUCAGAUUCUUCUUGUAACACUGGGAGAACUGCACAGUGCCUUGCAGCAUUAGGUAAAUGUGUUAUGGCAAGGUCUGUGUGUUGGGGAGUUUCCCAACAUCUGUGGCCAGAGCCAUGUUUGAUUAGGCCCCACUUCGUACACAAUUAAGGAAACAUUUACUUUGUCCCCAUACCUUGAGAUCUGAAUAGAUUCUUGAAGCAGUUGGAGGCAGCGCUCCAAGAUCAGAUCAUGCACUCAUUUAUUUUUCUCUGGAAAGGAGGAAAUAAAUCCUGAUGGCUGGACAUGAUGUUGUCUGAUGAUCCUACUUUUUCUUGGCAUGUUUAUUAGCACAAUGUGGACUUUUUGGAGACUGUUCUCCUCCCUCCAUCAGACCUAACCAUUUAUAGCAAUUCUUUUCUCAGAGGUACAGUUAAUUAUUUUACAAAAAUCUGUCUCAUACAGGAAAAAUAGCAAGUGAGGCAAUAAUAAAUUUAAAAUCAAAGAUGUUAAGUUGCAACACAAUUCAGAAGGAAAGUGGGUUGUAACUUCGACAUUUUUAUUUCAGCCUCUACACGAGAAUUUGAUUUCAUCUAUUUUUUCUUACUGGUGAGGCUUAAUUUAAACAAAGCCAAGGAAAUUCUGUCUGCCUGCCUACAGGUCAGUGUUCUGAAGCCUUGGGCAGCGUGAUUGUGAAAGCAUCUGUAGCUUAUGAGCUUUCAACAAAAGUCACCAGCUGAGGAUCUUGAUUGUUAUUGAUUACGAAUAAAGGCAUAAAUAUGUAUAAUAUAUAUAUUAUAAUAUUGGAAGAGUUCUUUGGUUUCUGCUACAGUGCUCUUGCACAAAAUGCAUGCAAACAGUCUGAACACCAAGAUCAGGCACAGCGAAGCAUCCAUAUGUAAAUGCAACUUGAAUUUUCAAAGGGCUCCAAUGUUGAAUCCCAAUCCUUUUAGGCAUCUUUGACAAAUCUCUUUCAGUAUCAAUGACACAGAAGUUUAUACUGGGAAGAAGAAACAGGGCAUGUCUUCUGUGGAAGCAUCACGCUGUGAUGAAUGCCAGUAGGUCUGGUGAGUCAGUCAUCCAUCCGGGCCGCUCUUUAUUUCUGUAAAUGAGCUAGUGUGUAUCUGGGAGAAUGAGAACUCAUCUGGAACUUGAAAACUGAUCCAAGAAAUAGCUCAGCUGGUGCUGUGACAAAAACGUAAUCAUUUCAGAUGCUCAGAUAAUGGUGAUGCUUUUAAUAAAACAAGAUAUUAUAACCUUA